AUGGCCGACAGGGGUCGUGGCGCAGCGAGGGGCGGCGCGCGAGGUGCAGGCUCGUCAAACAGAGGUCGCGGUUCACAAGCUCAGCCAACGAUGGACAAGCCGAAACGUGAGGCUAUCCUCGAUCUGUCCAAGUAUGCAAACGAAAGGAUACGAGUCAAGUUUACGGGUGGCAGAGAAGUGACUGGUGUGCUCAAGGGCUUUGACCAACUACUGAAUCUCGUGCUCGAUGAGGUAGAAGAAAAUCUACAGACAGAAUCAGAGUCUCAACCAUCGACGCGUAAACUCGGCCUCGUCGUGCUCCGUGGACCAACCAUCACCCUCCUCAGCCCUGUGGACGGGUUCGAGGAGAUUGCAAACCCUUUCGCGCAGCAAGAAUGA